UUUGGAAACGAACUGAGAAACCGAUGAUUUUUCGGCUCGGUUCCGGCUAUCCAAAAAUUUUUAAAAGAGGAGAAACUUGGGGAAGUGGAGGCUUUUUUUAUGUUUGCCCCUGCCCAUUUGGAAUUUCUAAAAACCGAACCUGCUUAAUUUGGAACAUAGAAGAGAAUCCUGAGAGAGAGGGUUUUAAUUUUUAUUUUCUUUUUAGAUGUCUUUGGUAUGAAUAUGAAGCCGCUUUGGCAUAUUUUCGUUUAGCUAAAUAUGGUGAAUCUCUCCAAAAAUGUCAUCAAAUUGAACAGCAUUUUGUUAACUUUUAUGAGGAUCAGUAUGACUUUCAUGGAUAUUGUCUUCGUAAAAUGACGCUUUCAACAUAUAUAAAAUUUCUUCGUUUUGAAGAUGUUUUAAAUUCUCAACAGUUUUAUGUUAAAGCAACAAAAUUGGCUGUUUCGAUAUAUAUUGAUAUGGUUGAAAAUCCUCAAAAAUUUGUUGAAAAACAGACGCAAGAUAAUUCUGCUUUAACUCCUGCUGAACUUAGAAAACUUAAACGAAAGGCAAAUAAAGCUAAAGCUGAGAAGGAUAAACAAAAUGCUGAACAAGCUGCUAAACAAUCAACGUCCAAGCAAAGAAUGGAUGGGGAAUUUGAUGUUUUCGAUCCAGAACCUUUUGAUACACAAAAGUUGCUUAAACCUGAAAAUCCUAUUGAAGAAGCUUGCAAAUUUAUUAAGCCAAUACUUCAAAUGCCUUGUGAAGAUGUUGAUUUUUGGGUUAUUGCUUUUCGGGUAUAUAGCUACAAGGAUAAGCUGUUAAUUAUGCUCAAAUGUUUGUACAAAAUUUUCAAUUUGGAUCCAACAAAUAAACAAUUAUUGAAUGAAUUGUUUGCUAAAUAUAAGGAGAAAUUUGAACAAUCUGAAGCUUCCAAAAUAAAGAAAACUUCAAAUUUAUUGGUUGAUUUGACAAAAGCGUUGGAAAUUAAAUUAGGAAUUAAUGAAGGAAAUGUGCCAAACAUUGGCUAG